GUGUACACGCGCGUGUUUAGAUAUGGCGUGUAUAAAUAUGAUGAUAGCAGUGGUUUCUUUAGCACUCUGAGUGCUAACAGACGCCGACUCAGCACAGCCCGAACUUGUUUGCUGACAGUCGUCCAAAAGUCGGUUUUCACGGAGCCAUUUCAGACAUGUUUUGCUCUUGCACUCCUGGAACAGCUCAAAGACGUCUGUCAUAGCGCCGAAACAGCAUAUCCUGUAGUGUUUGUCUUUGUCACCGCAGGAUCCUUGUUUGGAUCCGAGAGCUGCAGUCACGAGUUAUUCAUGACACACAGUCAUUUCCCGAAAACUGCCACACUCCUGUACCUAUAGCCUGCCUGCAGGAGGUUGGAUGUGUGUUUCUUUGAAUGACCUACUGCAGGGUUCGUUUUGUUACCGAGACACACAAUGCUUUCCUUGGAGCAAGUGAAGCAGAGUUUGGAGAGUGCUGGACAAUCUCACAUUCUGCAGUUUUGGUCGGAACUGUGUGAGGGGGAGAGGGACAGUUUCCUCCGGGAGCUGUCUCAGCUGGAUCUGAAGAGACUGAAGGAACACUGUGAAGGGGCUGCGAGGGCUGCAGCCGCCCCGUCCGCCAGCUUGGAUCAACACAUAGAACCAGUUCCUCCAGAGUUCAUCGGCAGCGUGAGGAAAAGUGACAAAAGCGCUCUAGAAAAGUGGGAAAAUGAAGGGCUGUUGCAAAUCUCAAGGAAUCGAGUUGGAGUCCUGCUCUUGGCUGGCGGUCAGGGGACUCGUCUUGGUGUUCAGUAUCCCAAAGGGAUGUAUAAUGUUGGGUUACCAAGUGGCAAAACCUUGUAUCAAAUCCAGGCAGAGCGCAUUCACAAAAUCCAGGAGCUAUCGGACAGAAAGCAUGGCUCAAAGUGCACCGUUCCAUGGUACAUAAUGACCAGUGAGUUCACUCUGGCUCCCACUGAGAAGUUCUUCAAGGAGAACAACUAUUUUGGACUGGAACCAUCAAACGUUGUUAUGUUUGAGCAAAGGAUGAUCCCAGCAGUGACCUUUGAUGGAAAGGUCAUCCUUCAGGAUAAAGGAAAGAUAGCCAUGGCCCCAGAUGGGAAUGGUGGUCUGUACCAAGUAUUGGAGGAAAACAAGGUCCUGGAGGACAUGAAGAAGAGGGGAGUGGAGUACCUACAUGUGUACUGCGUGGACAACAUCCUGGUCAAGAUGGCAGACCCUGUGUUUAUUGGCUUCUGUGUGAGCAAAGGUGCUGACUGUGGAGCCAAGGUGGUGGAGAAGGCCUACCCUUCCGAGCCUGUGGGUGUUGUUUGCAGAGUGCAAGGCAUCUAUCAGGUGGUGGAGUACAGCGAGAUAAAACCAGAAACAGCUGAGCUCCGAGGACCUGGAGGAGAGCUGGUGUACAGUGCUGGAAACAUCUGCAAUCACUUCUUUACAAGGGCUUUCCUGCAGGAUGUGGCAGAGAAAUUUGAAAGUCAACUGAAACAACAUGUAGCACUCAAGAAAGUGCCCUUUGUGGAUUCAUGUGGCAAUCAUGUCAAACCUACCAAACCUAAUGGCAUAAAGAUGGAAAAAUUUGUUUUUGAUGUAUUUACAUUCUCAAGGAGCUUUGUCGUGUUUGAAGUUGUGAGGGAGGAUGAGUUUUCCCCCCUGAAAAAUGCAGAUGGAGCAGCCACAGACAACCCCACCACAGCCAGGAACUCUUUGCUGGCUCAGCACUGCCGUUGGGCCACAGCUGCAGGAGCCACGCUGUUGGAUGAACAUGGGAAUACCCUCCCUGCUACAGCCAGUGUGUCAGCAGGGGACAACCCUCCAGCACAAUGUGAGAUAUCUCCACUGGUCUCUUACUUUGGAGAGGGGCUGGAGCAACUGCUGAAAGGGAGGAUACUGCCAUCUCCCUUCAUUUUGGAUGAAAAAAGGGCCAACGAGCUGCAGGCUCAGUAACAUUUCUCUGAUUGACGGAAGACUGAUUAAUGGCAGCAGAAAUUUCAGUACAGUGGAGUACAAAUGGAGAUGGCAACCCCGGAUGGAUGUGUUGGGUCAUUUCUGUCCAGGAAUGCGCUAAUGUUUGAGUUUUGACUGAAGAUAAUCAUAUCUUGUGUAACUGUGUAAUUGUCCCUUUGCUAAUGAACAGCUUGAAAACAAAUAAGGCAAAUGAAGGACUAGCAAUGACUUUGGCAAAAUUAUAUGACAACAAAAAUAUUAUCCCAAUACCUCAUUAUGUGUCCCCUAUUCUUUUUAUUAAAUUCAUUUUACUCUA